AAAUAAUAAUAAUAUAACACUGAGGUUGAUGACUCUAUGUUUUUUUCCUCUCGGGAAUCAAUUAAGCUAUUGAUUCUGCAAUAAAUACAUUUUGAUUAAGAUCAUGACAAGAUGUGCUUGGAGACAUUUCCAAAUUGUUAGGAAGUAUUAUUCAUUUCAAGUCUACAGUCAACUGAGAGUGUAUGUGUCAGACCUUAGCUUAAUGAGAUAAAUAUAUCAAUAUUUUGUUUCAGGGAUUGUGUCUUCAGUGCUAUUUAAUUACCCUCCACUGUAUAGAAACCACAUGCCAUCCAGAACAGUUUAGACUGUGCUGUGAUGGCCUCCUGUGUUAAUCCCAAACACGGUUAGAAUUCUGAAUGCACAGAUUACUGCCACUUCGCGUCUAGUCACAACUGAACUUGAAGGCAUAACACAGAUAGAGUUUCCCUUGUCAAGAGACUUGAGCAGGUGAAGGUUGGCUCCCUGUCUGAACAUUGUCAUUUACUAAUGUUUGUUAUGGUUGUGGCUCUGAAUGAGGAUCCUGAGAAAAACCUUAAAGAAAAAAAAAAUGAUUAUUUAAGGAUUCAAGAUUGCAUUUCUUUUUUAUCCACUUCUACAGGCAAACCAAAAUGUCCGUUCUUUCUUUUACACAUGUAGAAUUAUUCAAGAAUAGCAAUAAAAAAAAUCUUCUAAAGCAUCAUGAAAAUAUAAGGAUAUUUAAGUGUGCUUAAUGGAACAUGGACACAGCCAGGUGUAAUUUACCAGGUUUUAACUUUAAAGACCCCGGUUAGAGCUCAGGUUUUAGACUAAACAGUUUAUCACAAUCUGCGAGGAAAAUGGUGGGAGUAUAUCAGCAGUAAAUUGGUACAAAGCGCUAAAAGGGACAUUAGCCUCUAAUCAGAUUCUAACAGUUCAUUAAACUUGCCUUUCCAGAGCCUCUCUUUCUCUUCUCCUCCACUGCUUAGGUUUCCUUAAUAAGGUGUCUUCCCUGUACGUCUGGCCAAGAUCUCCUCCGGGUUAGGAAGUAAUAUCAGCUCAUCACUCAUUGUCUGCCAUCCUGAGGGCUGCAGGAUGCUAUGUGAAGCAUAUCAACACCUUUGAGAACAGAAUGUUAAUGCUUGAUGGGAUGCCGGCAGUCAGAGUCAAAACAGAGCUUCUGGAAUCUGAACAAGGGUCUCCAAACGUCCACAACUAUCCCGAUAUGGAAGCUGUUCCCCUGUUGCUAAAUAAUGUGAAAGGGGAGCCCCCCGAGGACUCGUUGUCUAUAGAUCACUUCCAGACACAAACUGAGCCAGUGGACUUGUCCAUAAACAAAGCCAGGACAUCCCCAACCGCCGUGUCAUCCUCCCCAGUUUCCAUGACAGCGUCUGCCUCCUCACCUUCCUCAACUUCAACCUCUUCAUCGUCGUCUAGUCGUCCAGCCUCAUCCCCAACUGUGAUUACAUCAGUAUCUUCAGCCUCAUCUUCGUCCACAGUAUUAACUCCAGGGCCCCUUGUUGCCUCUGCCUCUGGUGUGGGAGGCCAGCAGUUUUUGCACAUUAUCCAUCCAGUACCGCCUUCGAGUCCUAUGAAUUUACAGUCCAACAAACUGAGUCACGUUCACCGCAUCCCUGUGGUGGUCCAGUCGGUGCCUGUUGUCUAUACAGCCGUUCGGUCCCCUGGAAAUGUGAACAACACUAUUGUCGUGCCGCUUUUGGAAGAUGGGAGAAGCCAUGGCAAAGCACAAAUGGACCCCCGAGGCCUAUCUCCCAGACAAAGUAAAAGUGACAGUGAUGAUGAUGACCUGCCAAAUGUGACCUUAGAUAGCGUUAAUGAAACUGGAUCUACGGCCCUUUCCAUAGCCAGAGCAGUACAAGAGGUUCAUCCGUCCCCAGUAUCAAGAGUCCGGGGAAAUCGAAUGAAUAAUCAGAAGUUUGCUUGUUCAAUCUCACCGUUUAGUAUUGAGAGCACAAGGCGCCAGAGACGAUCCGAAUCGCCAGACUCCAGAAAGCGGCGUAUCCACAGAUGUGAUUUUGAGGGAUGCAACAAAGUGUAUACAAAAAGUUCUCACCUGAAGGCUCAUCGGAGGACACACACAGGUGAGAAGCCCUACAAGUGUACCUGGGAAGGCUGCACCUGGAAGUUUGCGCGUUCCGACGAACUGACGAGGCAUUACCGCAAGCACACGGGAGUGAAGCCGUUCAAGUGCGCGGACUGCGAUCGCAGCUUCUCGCGGUCGGAUCACUUGGCACUGCACCGCCGGAGGCACAUGCUGGUGUGAGAACUGUCGCAGCCCGUCCAGCUGAGCGUAAGAGCUGGGUCUGUUGGCAGCACCCCCAUUCAGCAGGGCUGAAUCCCCUUCACAGUGUUACCACGCCAAGGGCAUCUCCAUCCCACGAUGUCUGAAGCCAGAGCUGGGGGAGGAGAAGCAGGGGGCCUUCUGUGUUUGCCCAGAAGGUCACCCCCACCCUGACUGCACACGGCUCAUCUUCACGCUGGCCUGGGAGCCCAGUGACCCAGAUACUGAAGAGGCGCGUUGUUCUCCGUGCCGUGUACUCUGCCAUUUAAAGAUGUUUGUAGCUUGUACAUGUUCUGAGCUGUCAGACAUUUUGUGAUUGAUGCCUGAAAGGUCAUCUGCCCCCGAAUUGACAACUAGAGCGAGACCUUUGCAAAGUGGGUGAUCCUCCCUCGGCCCCACCCUUAGGGCCCCCCACCCCCACUCCCCACAGAAGGUUUCAGUUGCUGUCGGUGAGCUAGAACACACAUCCAGUCUGAUACCUGCCAAUAGCAUGGAGGUAGGAACGAAGAUGCUGAAGGAGAGGUUGCAUUUCCUGGCAGUGCAGGGGCCCCUGGAGGGAGGUGUUGGCGACAGUGACCCAUCACCAGCGGCUCAUCCCGAUGGCCAUGCCCUGAAGAAAACCAACAUUGACUGUGUCAUGUGUUUGUCGUUGAUCGCUUUUGUUUUGUUUUUGAUUCCGUUUUGUUCAUCUGUUCAAGCAGAGGGACAGUGACAUUUUGGUUCCAGUCUAGUACCUGGUGUCCUGCCCCAGCGUGGACUUGCACAGAGGUGUCCUGUAGUUGAAUAGGAAGAGCCUGUCUUAAAAAAAAAAAAAAAACAAACUAUUGCCCCACUUCAAAUCACAGUGUUCUCUCACCCUAGGCAUCACCUCUUCCUGCCCUGCUAUUUGGUUUCAAGGAGUCAGGGAGGGGGACCACUUCCUUAGACACACUGGCACCAAGGUAAGAGGUGGGACUGCCCAGGCCAAGUCAGCGACCAUGAAAACUCAAAGCCGAGGUGGAAAUAAUGCACCUCUUGAGGAGAAAAAGCAAUAACACAUAAAAGGACUUUUCCUACAAUAACUUCACUGAGGACUCAUGUUACCAGUGUCCAUCCUUACCAAAGGGAUCGUGAAAAGCACCCAGCAGUGUAGAUGUCUUAUUCACAUUCACUGCCCGAGGUAAUCUUUCUGCCUCUUGUUGUUCUGCUUGGGCUAGAGGACCACAAUGGAAGAGUUCUGCUCCUGUUGGCUGGUUUGGAAACAGUUACUUGGUGAUUAGAAAGGCAGGUGACAAGAGAGUGGGGGAGCAUAGCCAAGCAUUAACUCUGGGGUUCAUGGGUCACUUCUCUUUGGAACACGGUCAGUGGCAACAGACUGCCCGCCCGAACAGCAUGCCGUGGUGCUAGUUUUCGUUCUCAGAGAGCCAAGGAUGAAGGACUCUCGCUUGGUUUUCCUGCAGAUUCCGUUUGCUCAGUUGUACUGGGUCCCAGUGCUGCCGAGUUAGCAUCUGCAGAGGGAAUGCAGCCACUCUCCCUGCGCAGGGGACAUGAAGAAACUGGUCCCAUGAGUUCCCCAGGUUUACGAGCCUUUUUGCAGCUACCCACGCAUCUUCUAGUUCAACAAAGCAAUACGUCACCAAUGAGCAUUCUUUCCGAAACAUUGUCAUAGUUCUCCCCCAACUAAAAGCUAUUUUUUUUUUUGCCAAGUUUAAGGGUCUUGGUGAGAUUCAUUGUUGUUGUGUUGUUAGAGAUUUUUAUAGCUUAAAUAUAUGAGGUCUCCAACAAAGAUCUUUGCAAUAGAUUUUAAUUACAAACACUUGAUUUGGGAGAUGGCACAAAUUAACCUCACAAUGUGACUAGCUCAGUGUCAGAUGUCCCAACCUUCUGAAACCUGUUACAGAAUCAUCCAUUUUUAGCAGCAUCUUUUCGUUCAGAUAAUCUUAUUCUGAUGAAGAACUCUGAAUGUUGAAGCGAGGGUGAUGAAAAGAAACUUUUAAAAUCAUUCAAGCAACCAUGUAAUGGUUUUUAGGUCAAACUCUGAUUUCAAGAAUAUGUACUCUGUAUUUUCUUCCAGGUCUGAAAAACUCAUCAGGCAAUUUUCCUCCAACAAGGGCUGCGUUUCUGUUGAUAAAUAGCUUAUCAUCUACCCAACCUACUACCUGCCAACUGUUGGGGGUUUUAGCAACUAGAAACUUUUUUUUUUUAAAUCUGUACUCUGUGUACCUUCGACUUCUUAUUGUCUGUGGCCAUUCUGAAUAGCAAAAAGUCUGGCAAGUGUGCCAGCAUUAAGGUCACAUGAUGCAUGCCAGCGGUGGUUACUGGUCAUUGUCAAAGAACAGACACAGAGAGGGACAACAGGACCGGGAAACUCCCCAGCACUGGCUCUAGAACCUAUUGACAGGUAGUAGCAGAAUCACUCAAGUAAAAUGCUGGUUGUAUUUCCUUCUGCCCGCUCUCAGAAGAAAAGCUGAUACUCUGCUUUGCUGAGUGAUGUCUUGCGUGUCGAUUUUUAGAAGCCGUUGGACUGACAGGUGUUGGAAGCUUCCUGAACGGCAGACUGGCUUAACAGGUGAACAGUGAAUGUGUUCACCUGUCUGAUAGGGUAGGAAAGAUUUGGGGAAGUGAGCUUCCCCUACACGUUUGAAAGUGGAAAGCAGAUGGAGAUGGCUAAGGUAACUGGGAACAUCCAUCAGCAUUCCACUGUCUUCCUCUUUUGAUGUUGCCAUAUGUUUAAGAAGGGUUCUAAGCACAAGCAAGCGAGUCCCUGAUCUAGCCCCAAGAACUGAAAUGAAACGGGUUUAUGUUGUCACAUAGCUAGUUCUUUCUGAUGAGUUUCCUAAAUGUUUCCCCACAGGAUAGAGGGACAUGGAAUAUCUUCAGGCAUAGAGAAGCCUCCAUUAUAGCUCGUAUGCAUCACUAGCUUCCAUAGAAAAGCACAGUGCAGCAUGGGCAGCAGAAAGGGAGUUGAAUACUGAAGGACUUGUCACCUUUCCCUAACUAGUACAAUGCUUUGGGCUUCACAUUUGACAUGGAAACAGGCAUAGAGUUGGGAGCUCGGCCACACAUGGCUAUAGUGCUGGAAGAUGCUGCAGCUUACCUGACUUACUCUUGAUGUUGCCAGUGGCUGAUUGCACAAAGCAUUAAGUUAUUUGAGAAGUUCAGGAGGUUCAGUAGGAUCUAUUUUCAUAUCCUGGUCUUACUGGGUAGAAGACUCAUGCAUCUCCAUCCACUGCCAGCCUCAUCGUGUCAGCGGCGGGUGGAUUCUGCUUGAUGACUGUCUUAAGUUCUAUUAAGGCAUUUUGACUGAGAUAUCUACUGGCUUGACCGUGAAGAUGAUGCCACAGUCUGCCAUCGCUUUCACAAAACACUAUAGGACGUUGUUGGAAAAAGCAGUUGAAUAACAGAAACCACAUUUUUCCUUAAAAGUGAGCACUUUUUACUCACUUUUGAAAUAUAAGUGGAAAAUAGGAAGAUUUUUUUGGCAGGAAUGGGGAGGGUGCUUACAAAAUGCUGCAGUGUUUACAAAUGCCAGUGCAAAGUGAUUAAAAAAGUCAUUUUCAUGAUGGCUGAAAUUUGGAAUAGCUUAUGCAAACCCUGUUCCUUUUUACAUGACUUGUUUUUAACUUCACAUUACCGUUUGUGUUUGAAGCAUAAAUACAAUUCUGAGCUUGGCAUCAACUUGCCAGAAUGGGUAAAGAUGCAGUAUUCUUCUCUCUGUGUUUGACUUACUGUACUUCCCAGAGGGGCACAUUUGAAUAAAUCUAGAGAAGAGAGACAUUCACAUAUAUUUCUCCACCUUUGUGUUGCUGCGAAGUGUUGCCAUCAUGGUACCAGAAAGGCCUCAACAUUUAAAGUGAGGAAGGACCGAAUUUUGGCAGCGUUGAAGACAAGCUUCCUUGUUACAUUCUGGGCAGAGGGGACAGAAUGGGAGAGAACUCUUAGGAACCAUGGUAGGCCUGUGAAGCCUUAAUAGUCAUAGCUCAUUAUCUAAUCUCAGACGUGGGGCUUUAUUUGCACUUGGGAAGUUUAUAGGGCAGUGUACUCAGCAUCACUGAGCAACUUUUCUUCCUUUAGUUUUCCUAAGGUAGUGUGUCCCAUGAGAAAGCUUUCCAUUUCAUUUGGUUUAGUUCAGAAAAGUGACUUGCUGAGUUGUGUCUUCCGUAUUCCACAUUUCUGCGUGUCCCCACACUGCCUUCCACUCACCCUGGCAGACGCCUGCAACUCGUGCGCAUGUGGACCCACACCUGUAUAUGCAGCAGCCUCUGGGCUGAGAAGUAUCAGCAAAGAACCUUUUUUUUAAAAAAAGAAAUGAUUUGUAAUAACCCAUGCUAUCUAGAAAUAUAAGUUAUUUACCUUAUUAGGGAAUCAGCCUGUGAUACUAUGUAUGACUGCCUGCAUUUUAUAGUUGGGAAAUGUACAUACAAAAGGAAAAAAAUGCUAUAUUUUCACAAUUUCAUUAUAUAAUGAUGUUGUUUAGCAACCCAUGUCCAUUGGUACUUUAAAUAGUAAGCAAUUGCAAUAUAAAGUCAAAAUUUCAUAAAAAAUGACAUAGAAGGAUACUGCAUCUUUUAAAAAAAAUAGAGUGACGCUAUUUUACUGUAUUCGUAACAUGUGAUAUUGGAAAAAGUAUUUUCAAACUCAAGAUUUUACAGAGGUUGUAAAUAGUUUGAUGAACUAUGUUGGGGGAAAAAAAGAGCUUCUAGUUUUCAUCACAAUAAAAAAAUAAAACUUGUUCAGCUAUGCCUUGUAUCUUAACCACAGUUAGCGAUGCAGCUACGGGAACUCCGUUGCACUUUGUCAGGACUCAUUGUUUGUGCCCUGUCACAGUGGACUGGUCACUUCUUGUGGGUUAGUCAGGAUGGUUUCAAACACAGUGACAUCCUUUUAAGUGACAGACAGCUCAUUUCAGACUCACAGUGUCUUUUUCCUGAAAAGGGGGAAGAGAUGGGAGCAGAGGAUUGACCUGUGCUAAAGAGGACCAUCUAGCCAUUUCCUUCCUUACUUAUCUCCCCUCUCACCAAAUCGGUCCUUCAAAAAAAGAAGAAGAAAAAAGCAAAGGUGCUUGUUCUUGCUGAGUUCUAGAGAUCACUUGUAGGUAGAGUGGCGUGCAGACACAUCAGGUGCUGUGCAUCUGGCCCCGCGUUGUGUGAAUCUGUACUGGCAGUUAAAAUAAGCUAAUGUCCAUUUUCAGAAGUGAAUUAAACACUGAAAGUGCCUGUCAAUAAACAUUAUAAUAACCAAGGAUGUAUUCCUGUACUUUGACACAGCAAUAAUUCUUCACCACCCUGGGGUUUUCCUGCCCAUAAUGAGGAUGUGCGCAUGGAAUAAAUAUAUAUACAUGGUAGAUUAGAUUAAAACCAAACAAAACCCUAAUAUGUCUUUUAAAUUUACCAGAUCUAGUUUCUGCGAACAUUUCUUCAUUUGAUUCCUCUUACUUGCACAGUUGAAUAAUGCGGUUGUGAUCCUUGAAGUUGUAUUGAGUGGACGUUAUGGCAUGUGGCAGCUACAACUUUCAGAUAAACGAGUUGACUGUAAUUUACCCUAGACUUACCAAACAGUACAUAUGACUGUCUUGAAAAGAUUCGCUCAGUGAGGCACCAAUUGAUUUAGAACAAAACCCCGAGGGAUAGUUGUAUGUUUUUCUCUAUUUUUAUUGACUCAUAUCAAACUCAUCUUUGACUUCAUUGUUUGUCUUCCUCCAAUAUUUCUCAUUAUCUAUAAACCAUUUUGGAAGGAAUGUGAGGAAGUAGUUUCUUCAUCAGUAUCUGCUGGUGGUGAAACUAACCACUAAUCCUGCAGCGAGUCCUGAAAAGUAGCAGGUUUGCAUUCAGACUGUUUCACAAUUUUUUUCCAUAAUUUUGCUGCUCGAAGUGGAAUCAUGGAUAGAAAUAUGCAAAAAGAUGAUGUGAAUUAAGAGGAACCCGGAAAUCCUCCAGUCCUGCCAUCUCCGAGCACAAAGUCGCCCAGGCAAGCCACUGAGGCUGUCAGGAAAUUAUACUGCCUGGCAGCCACACAUUUGGUCAGAGCAAUUUCAGCAUUGUGGCUGUGAUGACACUUUCAGGCUUUCGAUGGCGAGCUCUGACCAUGAUGGACAGUAUUCCCCAGGCCUGGACCAGAGGUCCAAGGAUCCACUUACUCUUUCCUCCUCCAGGUUUCAGAAAAGAAAAAGUCUAGAUGGAAACGUACCAGGAUGGGAUGCAAAAUAACCUACAGUGUCACAGGAAGACUGCUGAGUCCCCUAAGCUCAUUGAAGUUGAUUUUUCUGACUGGCUUUUUUAUUUUUCCCCGAAUGUGGUCUUAAAGUACUAAAAUACCUUGAAGAGUUUAAAAAAAAACAAGAAAAUAAUAGCUUAUUUUUAAUUGAACAUGUACCAUGUGCCGAGUAUGAAGUUGGCCUGUUUUAGGCACCUUAUCUUAAUCUGCAUUUCAUUGAUGGGAGAUUGAGGCAUGGAGAGGGGUGACUGCGUUAUGUAAGGAUACAAAUAGUGAAAAACAGAGGUAAAAUGGGAAGCCGCUUCUCUCUGGUUCAGUAUCCUUUCCAGUGUAGCACAUCACCCAUGUGGUCCAGACACCUUUCUACAUCUCAGAGACCUAGUGGCUCAUGGGGACCAUGCAUGAGUAGUUACAAUGCUGGGAUGUGGUAUAACACUUGAUGAGACAAUGGCACAGCCUAUUUUAAAUUGAGCUUAGCCUAGGAAUUCAUACAUGCAAGAUGAUUAUAAGCAGGCAGCCAACAACUAGGUUUCUCCCAGCACUUGUCCCUUUUGCGCUAAAUGCUUGGCUUGGAGCUUCAGAAUCAUCCAAAUCAUCAGUUGGUUUUCUAAGUUGUACCUCUGGCUUGGUACCGCAUAUGUGUAUAUAGUAGUACCUGUCCACCCCUGCAGACCUGCUAGAGUCCAUGGAAGAUGGAUUACGAAUGUCCACCUUCAUGGAGGGAGUGGAAGGUGAAGUUCACUCCUGCAGUGUUGAGUGGGCUGGCAAUCGCAAACCUCGAUGAAGGAAAAGGAAAACCUCGAUGAAUGAUUCCUUUUCCUAUUUCUCACUUAACUGCACCACUGUGGGAUGUCUUAAGUAGUCUUAAAGUUAAUUUGUUUAGGAUGUUGUUAGUUUAACUGAAUGUUAUGUUGCCCAGCAUCAGAGAAAUGAAAUCCUUCCCCGCUAUGCUCUGUGGAGUAACGUCUCUGACAGCGUUGAUUCAUGGAGGUGCUAACGGGCUUAGAGAACAUUCGGAAUGUCAUUUCUCACAGUGUUUCUAUUGCUGAAAAUGAGUCUCUUGAGUUACAAUCUUUCUUCCCAUUACAUGGCUGAGGGAAGAGAUAAAACCUGGAUAAACAAACUCUCUUCCCUGCUGAAGCAACUGUCCUGGUCAGCACUGACUGCCCACUCCGGCAGCCCUUCUCAGCCCCCUUGGUCUCACAAGCAGUCAUUUUCAAUGAUAGCAACAACUUUAAGUGAAUGGGAAAGAGAUGAAGAGUGGCCCCACUCACACCCAGACUUUGUCUUUUUGGAUUUUAUCUCUAAAAAUCUGAAGCAUUUGAGACCACCAUGUUUGGGUUUUGCCCUGUGGGCAAUGGGAAAAACCAAUGAUUCCUAUAUGAAUUAAUUGUAUUGCUUUCCCCAAAGCAGGUUGACCAAGAUUUUGGUUUAAAAUUGAGAGUGAAAUCAGGAGAGUUAAGGUCCAAAAUUCAGCAGUAAAAAUGAUUUUAAAAAUUAAGAUGUUUUAGAGCUAUACCAGUAUUUUCCCUUUCUGCGCAUUUCACGUCCUAAAGAUGUCAUAAACCAUUACAGAACAUGCCUUUGCCUUAUUUGUGUUUCUGGUUUGCCUAUGGCAGGAUUUUGUGGUUACAUGCAGACUACAGUAGAUAUUUUGUUGCCCAAACCUUAUUACAUCUGAAGGGUAUGGUUGAACUGGGGCACUGGUGCCUGAAUUCAAGGCUCUUUCCUAUCAACUUGUCCGUCCACAAUGCGUUGUGUUCAGAGCUUCAUUUUUAUAAAUCACUGUUCUUCCACGGGUCGAUGGCUGUAUUGUUUUGUUCAUGUCUGUGUGCGACACAUUGCAUCACAUGGCAAAGCAACUCUGUGGAUAUGAGAUAACUACUUACAGAACCAGCUAGAAAACAUUGUCUCAUGUAUCACGUCAUCCUGCAUCACAAUGCAAUUAUAUGUAUCACGAUCAUUUAAAAAGAGAGAGAGAAACCAGCAAAUUCAUGUUUGUCUAGAAGAAUAUACUCAAAUUUCUGUGUUGUGAAAGAACAGACCACCGUUAAGAUACCAACCUGCCACUUAAAAUGACUUAGUUAUAAUUAGUAGUAGUCUAGACAUUGCUUUUGGUGCAUGUGGGUCAAUUCAAAUGUCACAGUCUUUUGAAUAAUCUCAGUCCAUUUCGGAAAAAAAAAAAUACAUGGGAGUAAAGAAAAAUACCAUCAUUGGCCAAUUCAAGCAGGAAUCUUUUUUUUCAUUUCCUUGACACUUAGCUCAUUAUACAUGGUGAUUGGAUCACAAGAUCUGUUGAAAAAUACAAGAGCAUCCUUCAGUUUACAAAGCAGUUAUUCUAGGCUUGAAGCCUCUGAACAAAUCGAAUAGAUGAGCUGCAUCAGAUUCCCUUUGCUGAUGUCAUCUUGUAGUUGACUGUUGACUGUGACCCCCAGAGAACGUGAGUGCCCGGAGGAGAUCUUACACUUGAAAGGAUAAAGGCCCCCAAUAAUGCUAGCGAGCAAAUGUAUUGAGUUCUUAAAUCUCCAUUUGGUUUUCUAUUCAGAGUUUUAAUUGCAAAUAAAUUUAUUUCUCCAGCUUAUCUAAAAUCUGAUUUCCCAAUAGUUUCCUCUGCAUUUAUAUACGCGAUAGUAUGUAGGCAACCCGUUAUAAGUUUAUUAAUAUUAUGUAAGUGUUGUUCUUGUAUUUAUGUAUAGUGUAUGUAUUGUAAAUAUACUCAGAGCUUUUUUUCCUUUUACUGUAAAAUGGUGAUUUUUUUUUUGCCCUAUGAUAAUGUAAAGGGAGACCCUCCUAAUGAGAUUCUCUCAGAGGAUGAUUAUUCCAGUCUAUUCUCAGAGAUUGAAAUGAACAAGUGUUACCGUUUCUAAUGGUGUCUCAGACAUAUUCUGUUGGUGCAUUGCUUUUCUGUAUUCAACUUUCCUAUGAAUUGAGCUGUGAACUGAAAUAGAGUUUAAACCUUUAACUGUAUGCAUUUGUAUAAUUAUCCGAAUGAAGGCAUGAAGGUUAAAUAAAGCAUUUUGUAUGGAA